AGGAGGCUGCUUUUGGAUGAAUCAGGCGCCGUAGCCUUGUGGAAUGAGACGGGAGUGAGUGGAGCGAGCGAGCGAGUCAGUCGGCGUGAGAGAGUGCGCGUGCCUGUGUGGGAGCGUCAUGGGGCGAUGGCGUGGACCGUCAGGGCACGGCGCCCUGCUGAUGAUGAACCUGCUGCUGUGGUCACUCGGGAUGAGUGAGACGAGCGGAGACAACCUGCGACUCCGCGUCUCCUACAAAGAAGCGAGGCUGUCGGGCCGCGUGGCCUCGUUCCGGGGACACGGAGCCUCCGGCCUGGACCUGAGCACCGCACUGCUGGACGAGUACCACGAGCGGCUGUUCGUCGGCGCGCGAGACCGCGUCUACUCGCUGGCGCUGGACGGCACGCACAGCGACUACCGAGAGAUUUCAUGGCCCUGCACUGGCGAACAGAGAGAAGACUGCGAGCUGAAGGGAAAAGACGUGCACGAGGAGUGCUCGAACUUUGUGCGAGUGCUGCAGCCCUUCAACCAGACGCACCUGCUGGCUUGCGGCACGGGGGCCUUCCACCCGUCGUGCGCACUCGUCAACGUAGGCCGCAAGGCCGAGGACCACACAUUCAAGCUGGAGCCGCAGAGCGUUGAGAAUGGACAAGGAAGGUGCCCCUUUGGCCCCAAGGAGCCAUUUGCGUUCACAGUAGUUGACGGACAGCUGUACACGGGAUUACUGGCCGACUUCUUUGAGGAAGACGCCGCGAUCUUUCGCACGGGCACCCCUCAGCAUCGAGCGAUCAGGACGGAGCACUCCAACCCGCAAGUUCUCAAUGAGCCUCGCUUUGUGGCGGCACACCUCAUCCCAGACACGGACGACCCGCUCGACAACAAGGUCUACUUCUUCUUCUCGGAACGGGCGACCGAGGCCGAUGGCAGGAGCCGGGCAAGGUUUUCGCGCGUGGGCCGCGUAUGCGUGAACGAUGAGGGUGGGCAGAGAGUGCUGGUCAACAAGUGGAGCACCUUCACGAAGGCCCGGCUCCUGUGUUCCAUCCCAGGCUCUGACGGCAUCGACACGCACUUCGAUCAGCUCGAGGAUGUAUUCUUACUUCAAACCAGUGAUGAAAAAAAUCCCGAAGUUUAUGCCAUUUUUAGCACGGUCAGUGACAUCUUCAAGGGCUUCGCUGUGUGCGCUUACUCCAUGGCCGCGAUCCGAGACGUCUUCAAGGGGGCCUUUGCUCACCGAGAGGGGCCCAGGCACCACUGGGCAACGUUUCAGGGCAGGGUUCCUUACCCGCGGCCUGGCACGUGCCUCAGCGACCUGACGGCCCCGCCAGGCUCGGCCUACCACAGCACGCGAGGCCUGCCCGACGAGGUCCUGCACUUUGCGCGGUCCCACCCCCUGAUGGACCAGCCCGUGCGGCCUCGCCACGGCCGCCCCGUGUUCGUGAGCACGCAGCCCGACCGCCGGCUCACCCGCAUCGCCGUCGACCGCGUGCAGGCGCAGGACGCCGCCUACGACGCCAUCUUCCUCGGCACAGACACAGGGCAAGUGCUUAAAGUCAUAUCGAUAUCCACAAGCCAGGAUUUUCCACCGGAAGAAAUCAUUCUGGAGGAAAUUCAAGUAUUUGAGAAACCUUCGCCAAUUCUUACCAUGGACCUCUCUGUUAAAAGGGGCAAGCUGUACGUGGGCACGCGGGAGGCGGCGGCGCAGGUGUCCCUGCAGCAGUGCGAGCUGUACGGCGCCACGUGCGCCGAGUGCUGCCUGGCACGAGACCCCUACUGCGCUUGGGACGGACAUUCCUGCACCAAGUACCGGCACCCGGGCAAACGUGGCGUCGACAAUUGGGUGCAGCCAGGCCGGAAAUCGAGGGGCGUUCCUACGGCAGGACAGAACUCACCGGAGUCCAGGGCCAACCGGAGGAUGAGGCGGCAGGAUGUCAGGAAAGGAGACGCUGCCCAUCAGUGCUGGGAUCAGCAAUCUCGAGCGGAGCUGUCCGAGCCUGUGGAGGAGACGGUGGUGUACGGCGUGGAGAGGAACGCCUCACUGCUCGAGUGCCGCCCCCCGUCCCUGCGCGCAUCCAUCACGUGGCUGGUGCAGCACGCCGCCAGCGAGCAGCGCGAGCAGGUGAAGACGGACGAGCGGGUCCUGAAGCUGGAGCAAGGCCUCCUGUUCCGCACGCUGCACGCGCUGGACAGCGGCUCGUACACCUGCCGCACGGACGAGCUCGGCUACCAGAGGGUCCUGCUGCGCGUGGAGCUUCGCGUGCUCACCGCCGAGCGGGUGGGGCGAGCUCUCCUCGCCGGCGGCAGGCCCUCCGCCGCGGCGACGGCCGGGUCCGCCGAGGAGCGAUCCCCGGGCAGGGCGAGCGCGGCCACUGGCGAGGGCCACGACGCGACCGACGACCGGCAGCGCCGCUGGGAUCCGUGCGACGAGAUGGACAACGGGGGCGGCCGCGACGUGCCCAAGCUUUGGUACGGCGACCUGCAGGCCAUGUUUGGCCGCGGUGGACCGUCGCGCCAGGCCGAGGAAUUCUGCCAGAGGCUGUGGUGCCAGCGGUGGGGCCACGGGAAGCACAAGACCCACUUGGGCAAGUGGCGGCCUCUCCAGGACAGCGUGCACAGCAAGAGCAACAGAAUCCCGCGCAGCAUCGUCUGAGCAGCCGCCGGCUGCGAGCAGCCACAGGGCCCUGGCGGCAGAGGCGUAGCUAGGGGGGGGCAGGGGGGUACAUGUGUCCC